AUGAACAAAACAUCUGCUGGAACACUUGGAGUGAUAUCAUCAAUUACUGUUACAAUAGGAACAAUUUCUCAAGCAUUUGGUGAUGAUAUUACUACUCAUGGUCAUCGACCAGAGUCUUUUAUUGAAGGAAUCAAACAAGGAGCAAGGGGGUAUCAAAUUGUUAAUAAACAGAGUGACAAUAAUUUUGAAGGAACAAUGAAAAAGAUGAUAUUACCAUUUUCAUCAGUUGCUCAAAUAGUUAAAUUAGGAAUUACUGGUGCAGUUGCUGAGUUUGAUGAGAAAAGUGCAAAAAGAAUUGGUCAAUUGAGAAUAAUUGAAGAGAAUGGUUCAAUUAGAAAGGAUCAAAGUAUAGAUAAAUUUGAUGUUUGGAAACAAAAAGAGACAUACAUUUGUCAUGUUAACGGAAUAAAUGAUACUUGGAUAAUGAUGGAAUAUGAAGAUAAGAUGCUUUUAAUGUUGAAGAGUUUUACCACAGUCAAAAUGAAAGAAAUACACGGAAUGACAUUAAUUAAUAAAGAAUUUAUCAUAAGAACAAGUAGUAAUAAUUAUAGUCUGAAAGUAAAACAAUGUGGAAAGCAAGAAAUGAGAUUUUAUAAAGAAUUAGAGGAAAAUCUUAAAUAA